ACUAUUUAAAGCUUCCACGUUCUUCCCCGUCUCUCUUCCACUCUUGCUCCGUUCUUCUUCCGACCAUCUUCCAGUAAGCGAGAUGCAGAGACUCUUUGCUGCAAGGACUGUUGCAUAUGCUUCGAUUUUUAGGAAGCAGAGGCAUUCUGCUUCAUUCUCUUCUGCUCUGCUUUUUGAUGAUACUCAACUUCAGUUCAAAGAAAGUGUUAAACAAUUUGCUCAAGAUAACAUUGCUCCCCAUGCUGCAAAAAUUGAUCAAAUGAACUCUUUCCCGCAGGAUGUUAACUUAUGGAAGCUCAUGGGGGACUUCAAUCUCCAUGGAAUUACUGCACCUGAGGAAUAUGGAGGACUUGGUCUUGGUUACUUAUAUCACUGUAUAGCAAUGGAAGAAAUAAGUCGUGCUUCUGGGUCUGUUGCCCUCUCCUUCGGUGCACAUUCUAACCUGUGCAUCAAUCAGCUGGUGAGGAAUGGAAGCCCAGCUCAAAAAGAGAAGUACUUGCCUAAGCUUAUUAAAGGGGAGCAUGUAGGAGCUCUUGCAAUGAGUGAACCCAAUGCUGGCUCGGAUGUUGUGAGCAUGAAAUGCAGAGCUGACCGAGUGGAUGGUGGAUAUAUCAUUAAUGGAAACAAGAUGUGGUGUACUAAUGGUCCUACAGCUCAAACAUUGGUUGUUUAUGCAAAAACAGACGCAAAUGCUGGCUCAAAGGGAAUUACAGCGUUUAUCAUUGAAAAAGGAAUGCCCGGAUUCAGUACUGCCCAGAAAUUAGACAAACUUGGCAUGCGAGGGAGUGAUACAUGUGAGCUUGUCUUUGAAAAUUGCUUUGUUCCUGAAGAAAAUGUACUUGGACAAGAAGGAAAAGGAGUUUAUGUUAUGAUGUCUGGGUUAGAUUUGGAGAGGCUUGUUUUGGCUGCUGGUCCCCUUGGUCUUAUGCAGGCAUGCCUGGAUGUUGUUCUUCCUUACGUUAAACAAAGAGAGCAGUUUGGUCGUCCAAUUGGGGAAUUCCAGUUUAUCCAGGGAAAACUUGCCGAUAUGUAUACGUCUUUGCAAUCAUCAAGGGCCUACGUUUAUUCUGUUGCGAGGGACUGUGACAGUGGAAAAGUAGAUCCCAAGGAUUGUGCUGGAGUAAUAUUAUCUGCAGCUGAAAGGGCAACACAAGUUGCUCUGCAGGCCAUACAAUGUUUAGGAGGCAACGGGUAUGUAAACGAAUACACAACCGGUCGACUACUAAGAGAUGCGAAACUAUAUGAAAUAGGUGCAGGAACUAGUGAAGUGAGAAGAAUGAUCAUCGGUCGCUCGCUGUUCAAAGAACAAUAGGACAACUUUCACUCGUCGGAUAGCCCACGAUCAAAGUCUAUACUCAUGAGCAGCCCCCUGUGCAGAUUUUGAAGAAGCAAAGGUGAUUGAGAUCUUUAUCCACAAUGUGUAAUUUUAAGGAAACAUUCACAUUUAUCAUAAAUAAUUGUUGCCUUUGUUUGAAAUAAAUUAAGUUGCCUCUGUUCUACCUAUCAAGUUA